AAAUGGGAUCACUACCGAGGUACUUCGAAAAACUCGGCAGCUUACUCGAAUCAAUUGAAUGUCAGCAAACCGUCGGCUAUCGAUGAUCUGUUCGUCCUUUUAGGUGCAAUGGCGCAACAAGGAUAUUCGUAUGAACCAUAUAGAAUUCCAUCUCGAAUCAUCACUCUUAUGUUACUACUGGCUUCACUGAGUCUUUACGCGGCUUACACGGCGAACAUCGUGGCUCUUUUACAGUCUACCACGGACUCAAUCAAAACGCUUUCCGAUCUCUUGUAUAGCCCGUUAACUCUUGGAGCACAGGAUAUACAAUUCAAUCGAUAUUAUUUCAAGUCUUUUCAAGAUCCUAUCAGAAAGGCGAUCGUGGAGCAGAAAGUUGAACCGAAAGGACACAAACCAAACUGGAUGAAUCUGGAAGAAGGAGUGCGCCGCAUGAGAAGCGAACCUUUCGCGUUUCAUGGCAUACGAAGCUCGAUAUAUCACAUCAUACAACGCACAUAUGAAGAAGAAGAGAAAUGCGGUUUAACUGAAAUCGAUUUUAUGGACGUGGUUAUUGUGCGAUAUCCGAUUUUUGCGAUACAAAAACAAUCGCCUUAUUUAGAGAUAAUAAAGAACGG